GUGAGUUCUGCGAGGAAACGAAGCGGAAGAAAACGAAACCCCUAAGAAGAAAUGCGGACGGCUGUCGUCGCUUUCCUCCUAUUGCUCGGCUGUUUCGGCUUCCCGGCCGGCGCCCUCUACUCUGCCUCUUCCCCCGUGCUCCAAUUGAAUCCUUCCAACUUCAAAUCCAAGGUUUUGAACUCAAAUGGUAUUGUUUUGGUGGAGUUCUUCGCGCCGUGGUGCGGGCACUGCCAGGCCUUGACGCCCAUAUGGGAAAAGGCCGCCACCGUACUAAAAGGCGUUGCCACCGUUGCUGCGCUGGAUGCGGAUGCCCACAAAUCUCUUGCCCAGGAAUAUGGAAUUAGAGGAUUUCCUACUAUAAAGGUAUUUGCACCUGGUAAGCCUCCAGUAGAUUACCAAGGAGCAAGGGAUGUUAAACCUAUUGCAGAAUUUGCUCUUCAACAGGUUAAGGCUCUCCUUAAGGAGCGGUUAAAUGGGAAGUCGACUGGUGGUUCAAGUGAAAAAUCUGAACCAAGUGCAUCAAUCGAAUUGACAUCUCAAAAUUUUGAUACUGAAGUAAUUAAGAGUAAGGACUUGUGGAUUGUAGAAUUCUUUGCACCUUGGUGUGGGCAUUGCAAAAAACUUGCACCAGAAUGGAAGAAAGCAGCAAAUAACUUGAAGGGGAAGGUCAAAUUGGGCCAUGUUGAUUGUGAUGCGGAGAAGUCCUUGAUGAGCAGGUUUAACGUACAAGGAUUCCCUACAAUUCUGGUUUUUGGGGCUGACAAAGAAAGCCCAUUCCCCUAUGAAGGUGCAAGGGCUGCUUUGGCAAUUGAAUCAUUUGCAUUAGAGCAGUUAGAGACCAAUGUCUCUCCCCCCGAAGUGUUAGAGUUAUCUGGACCUGACGUGAUGGAAGAAAAGUGUGCAACAGCUGCUAUAUGUUUUGUGGCUUUCCUUCCAGAUAUCUUGGAUUCGAAGGCAGAGGGAAGAAACAAGUACCUUGACCUCCUGUUAUCAGUUGCUGAAAAAUUUAAACGAAGCCCAUACAGCUAUGUUUGGGCUGCUGCUGGAAAGCAGCCUGACCUGGAGCAGCAGGUUGGUGUGGGUGGUUAUGGCUACCCAGCUUUGGUUGCCCUUAAUGUCAAAAAACGUGCUUAUGCCCCUCUUCGAAGUGCUUUUCAGCUCCAACAGAUCAAUGAGUUCGUGAAGGAAGCAGGGCAAGGUGGGAAGGGAAACUUGCCCCUUGAGAAAGUUCCCUCCAUUGUUCAAACAGAAGCAUGGGAUGGUAAGGAUGGAGAGGUCACUGAAGAGGAUGAGUUCUCCCUUGAAGAUCUGAUGGGUGACGAUGCCACUGCUUCAAAAGACGAAUUGUGACUGGCAAGCAGAGAUUAAUUAUGUGAGUGAGUUAUGUUAAUUGCUUGUUCUGCCAGAGGAGAUGCCUAAUAUUGGGUGGAGAGUCUGCUUUGGAGGCCAAAAAGUGGAAAUUUUUCUAAAAGAGAGCAUGGAUACUGGUUAGAGACUUUAUCGAUCUUUCAUAACUAAUUGGUUAGUAAUCACUUUUGCUUUUGAAUUGAUGAUCUUUGUUCUUAAUAGAUUGAUAAUGAGAACUGAAUUUGCUCAAUCUGGUUUCUUGUUCUUUGUUCAA